UCAUGUAUCCGAACAUUUAAAAAGCAUAACUGUCAGAAUCUGUCAUAAUCAUUGCUCGAAUCGUAUGUUUUCUCGCUUGUUGUGCUUUAUUUCAAACACCGGAUUUCUUAAACAUUUCUUAAAUUUACAUCAAAUUCUUAUAUAAACUAUUAAAGGGCUUGGAUAUCUGAUAAUAAUUGUGUGUGUAUCGUUUGUGUAACGUGUUAACUGUGGAAUACUAAUGACUAUUAUUAUUAUCGCAAGGUGUACUUUCAGAAACAAUUUAAAAAGUAAUCCUUAGCCUAGACAAAAAGCCCAGGCAAUCUGAUGCAACAACAUCCAAAACCGACGAAACCAGAGCUUCUGGACUAUAAAUAAGUCAUGGACGAGGGGUCUGACGAAGACCUCUUCGAGCAAGACGAGAAUGACGCACCGCCGUCAGCGAUAAACCAGGGAAACGAGGCCACGUCUCCUAUACUAUCUAACAGAACUAUACUCUUUAGAAACCCAACAGAAUCUGUAGAACCAAGAGGAAUAGUAGAAUAUGAUGCUAAUCCCAUUUAUGUAGUACCUGACCCGGUCCAAGUGACGGACGAGUCCAAUCAAUCAGCUCCUGGAGCUAACGAUGACAGUGACCAUUACGAUGAACCGCCUCUCAAGGUCAGAAAGGUUUGCACUCCUCAGAAGAAGGUCUCACCUGUCAAAAAAGUCUCCCCGCAGAAGAAUGAGGAUGACGGAGAGUCCUGUCCGAUAUGCCUCGAGUCUUGGGGCAAUACUGGCGACCACAGACUCGUAGCUUUAAAAUGUGGCCAUCUAUUCGGUGCAGAGUGCGUUGAGAGAUGGCUCAAAGCUCAAGUGGCUAAAGAUAGGACCUGUCCCACUUGCAAAAGCAAAGCUACGAUCAAAGAUAUAAGACAUAUAUAUGCCAGAAGACUCGUAGCAGCUGACACAUCACAAAUAACAUCACUUCAGAAGCAAAUUGAAGAGUUACAAGCAGAGAAGAAUAAGAUGGAACUGAUCAUACAGAAGACGAAAAUAGCUCAUCACGCUUGUGUUCUAGAAAUACAGGUGUUACGAAGUGCCUUGAUGAAGUCCCAGGUACCGAAAGAACAGAUUUCGAAGACCUCCUGGAGGUUCGCUCUCGAGAAGAAUCUGGAGGUCUGCAAGGAUGGCGGCUGUCGCGUCAUGACCUACAACUGCAGAACUUACGAGCUGUUCGUGUCUCAGAAAAGUACAAAUAACUUAUUCCCGGGAUACGGGAUAAGGAAAGUGAGUUGUGUGGAUUAUAAGUUAGGGUCUUUUUUACAUUUGCAUCCGAAACCUAUUCGCGAUAUAACCUACUCUCAACAACGAGAUCUGCUCCUAAGUGUUGGUUUGGACAGCACAGCGAGGAUCGUCGAUCGAGGAACACCAACAGUCACGGUCAAUGCUGGUUUUCCCUUAUGGUCUUGCUCAUGGGACUAUCUUAGGACCAAUGAAUUUUACGUGGGAGGCGUUGGAGGGAUGAUACAUCAAUACGACUUCCGAAACCCCUCGACUUACAUCCAAACAUUAUCAGCGCCGGGAGACAUGUCACCGGUCGUCUCUCUACACUCCACAGAGUAUGGGUUGUUGUCCUGCCAGCUUAACACUUGCUGGCUAUGGGUGUCGAACAACAGACAGUGGCAACCCCGAGCGCUACCAAUAGAUGGGUCUUUCAUGUCUUUGAUUUACGAUAACGAUUCGCGACGAGCAUUAUUAACAACACGACCUACCGCAAAUGGGUUGGAACGUUCGAAACUCGCGAUGUGUAAGUUACGUGGGCAUGUGCCAAGUGGUGAAGUGGUGUUUGACAUACAGAAUACGUUUAGUGGUUCGGCGAGAUCCUCUCUGAUGUCCAGACCUACGUGGGUCAAGGCUCCAGGGUCUGCGUGGGUGGCAGCGUAUUCUGAGAGUGACUCAAGCCUGUGUCUUCACGGUCUAGACGGUGCGAGGACUAUGUCUCUACCAGCAGCGGAACCUGUGUUAGACGUCUGUGCGGUGGAGUUAAAUGGUAAUAGUUUGUUAGCCGCGCUUUCUGAGUCUCGUUUAAGGUUAUAUAAGGCUGUGCCUACGAAUUGUUGACGUGUUGACGUGUGUGUUAAAUGAUUGUGGAUAUCUGAAUUAUAAGGAGGCCGAAAACUCUUUUUAAUUGUAAUUAUUAUCUCCGAUUUUUGAGAUGCCGAGGUAUUAUUAUUUGCUCGGUUUGGCUUACUCUAUGAAAACUGUUAAAAGUUGUCCCUACAAGAGAUAAGUUUUUGAAGUAAACUCAAUACGAAUUAUGUUAAAUUGUUAUCGUAUUUAAAUUUAAAAAGGCUUCAGAGAAACUACAUCUUGAGAUAAUUAUAAUAACUUGUGUAGUCUAGCGUAUAUUCUCAACGGAUUGCAAGUCGAGAUCGACCAUGAUUAAGGUUUCCGUUUGGGUCCGAAACUAGUCGGGCAAUCCCGAUACAUACGCGUGAGUAAACUGUUAAUAAAUAAACAACUCUUGUGAUUUCACAACAUAUAAAGUCAAUUUAUUUAAUAAGAUUUUCUCCUGCAACAAAAAAUCAUAACUAUUCCUUUUAUAAAUAACAAUUAAACGAUUUGACGAGAAACCGGCCAUUUUUAAACCUCAAAAUACGGGGACAAGUGAUUACUGCCAAUAAUGAUACAAGAUUGAUAAAUAUGAGCCAUGACCCGGCUGUCUAAAGAAUAUCAUAAAUGUAUAUUUUUUGCGAAUUAGAAAGCUAGUGCUUUGAUAACUGACUGUUUGUUAACGAAUUGUUUUAAUCAUAAACUAAACUUGUUUAUUCAUAGACGAGAUUAGAGAGCAUCGGUAGCCGAGUGGUUGAGGUAACCAUGCCUAAACCACUGUACGUGACGUGUUAGUUCCAUCCCCGUGUAGGACAAGCAUUUUUGAGACCCACGAAGGCUUGUACUGAGUCUGGGUGUCUUUGUACAUGUGACU